AUGAAAAGUUUUAAGAACAAAAAUACUUUGAGGAGAAAGAAGGCUUUCCCUGUUUUUACUAAAAUUCUUUUAGUCUCUUUUUUAGUAUGGGUUUUGAAGUGCUCUAAUAACUGCAAUAAUGGAAACGGAUCCGGUGACUCCUUCGAUUUCAGAAAUAAGAGAACUUUAGCACAAAAGCAACAUGAACACCAUCACCACCAUCACCAUCAACAUCAACACCAACACCAAGCUCCACACCAAGCACACCACCAUCAUCAUCAUGGAGAAGUAAAUCACCAAGCACCACAGGUUCACCAACAAGUACAUGGUCAAGACCAAGCACACCAUCACCAUCAUCACCACCAUCAUCAAUUACAACCUCAACAACCCCAGGGAACAGUUGCUAAUCCUCCUAGUAAUGAACCAGUUGUAAAAACCCAAGUAUUCAGGGAAGCAAGACCAGGUGGAGGUUUCAAAGCAUAUGAAGAAAAAUACGAAUCAAAACACUAUAAAUUAAAGGAAAAUGUUGUCGAUGGUAAAAAAGAUUGUGAUGAAAAAUACGAAGCUGCCAAUUAUGCUUUCUCCGAAGAGUGCCCAUACACCGUAAACGAUUAUAGCCAAGAAAAUGGUCCAAAUAUAUUUGCCUUAAGAAAAAGAUUCCCUCUUGGAAUGAAUGAUGAAGAUGAAGAAGGUAAAGAAGCAUUAGCAAUAAAAGAUAAAUUACCAGGUGGUUUAGAUGAAUACCAAAACCAAUUAUAUGGAAUAUGUAAUGAGACAUGUACCACAUGUGGACCUGCCGCUAUAGAUUAUGUUCCAGCAGAUGCACCAAAUGGCUAUGCUUAUGGAGGAAGUGCACACGAUGGUUCUCACGGUAAUUUAAGAGGACACGAUAAUAAAGGUUCAGAAGGUUAUGGAUAUGAAGCUCCAUAUAACCCAGGAUUUAAUGGUGCUCCUGGAAGUAAUGGUAUGCAAAAUUAUGUCCCACCCCAUGGUGCAGGCUAUUCAGCUCCAUACGGAGUUCCACAUGGUGCAGCCCAUGGUUCAAGAUAUAGUUCAUUCAGUUCCGUAAAUAAAUAUGGAAAACACGGUGAUGAAAAACACCAUUCCUCUAAAAAGCAUGAAGGAAAUGACGGUGAAGGAGAAAAAAAGAAAAAAUCAAAAAAACACAAAGACCACGAUGGAGAAAAGAAAAAAUCAAAAAAACACAAAGACAAUGAAGAUGCAGAAAGCGUAAAAUCAAAAAAACACAAAAGCCACGAUUGUGAAAAGAAAAAAUCAAAAAAACACAAAGACAAUGAAGAUGCAGAAAGCGUAAAAUCAAAAAAAAGUGUUAAAGAAAAGGGAGAAAAGCAUAAUGGAAAAAAACCAUGCAGCAAAAAAACUAACGAAGAAAAUAAAAAUAAAGAAAAAACCAAUAAUUCAAAAUCAGAUGGAUCAAAAGCUCAUGAAAAAAAAGAAAAUGAAACAAAAAACACCGCUGGAGAAAAUAAAAAAGUAGAUUCUACUUCAGCUGAUAAUAAAUCAACAAAUGCUGCUACACCAGGCGCAAAAGAUAAAACUCAAGGAGGAAAAACUGACAAAACAGGAGCAAGUACUAAUGCCGCAACAAAUAAAGGACAAUGUGCUGCUGAAGGAGCAACUAAGGGAGCAACUAAAGAAGCAAGUACUUCUAAAGAAGCAACAAAAGAAGCAAGUACUUCUAAAGAAGCAACAAAAGAAGCAAGUACUUCUAAAGAAGCAACAAAAGAAGCAAGUACUUCUAAAGGAGCAACUAAAGAAGCAAGUACUACUGAAGGAGCAACUAAAGGAGCAAGUACUACUGCAGGUUCAACUACAGGAGCAACUACAGGAGCUAAUGCAGUACAAUCUAAAGAUGAAACUGCCGAUAAAAAUGCUGCAAAUAAUGGUGAACAAGUAAUGUCAAGAGGACAAGCACAAUUACAAGAAGCAGGAAAGAAAAAGAAGAAAAGAGGAUGCUGUGGUUAA